AAUCAGGGGAUCUUAGGAUUGCCUGUCAACAAACCCAUUUAAAAAUUGAUAAGCGCGUUCGGGAAAUAUAAAAGCGAACGGCAGAGUUCGCAUUUUCCAGUAGCGCUCCCAAUAAAAUGCUGAAGCUGUCGGUCUUUUUGUUCUGCGUGGUGACACUCGGGCUUGGUUAUGGAUCUGGAAACCAGUCGGAAGAUCUUGAGAGCCGCUGCAACGGACACUGCUUCUCCAGACUGAGAACGGUGAUGGAUUAUGUGGCUGAGAACCAGGAUCGGUGGAACACCUGCAAGGAAAUCAUCGCGAACGACACCCGAGUGGCUCAGAACCAGAUGGCAGUUCAGCUGGAGUCCUUGCAAGGAGCUGUCGGAAGCAUGCGGAUCUCUCAGGAGUCCAGGGAUGCCAAGCUGGAUAGGAUGGAGGGCCAGCUCAACACCACGCGGGAGUGUCUAAGCCAGGCAAUCCCGAAGAACCUAACGGAUACACUUGGCAGGAUGGACGUCCAACUAACAGCGUUGGAAACUGAGCUGCGAUCUAGGCAGAACAGGCAGGACCCUCAACUCACAGCUGCCUUAACCGAUCUCAAGGAUAUCCAGGACUCCAAUUAUGCAUCGUUGGGCAGAAUAGAGAAAGGGCUGAUCAGUACCAAGGAGUCCCUGAGGGAGACAUUCCCGGCGACUUUGCAGGACAGACUUGUCAGGAUGGAGGCCCAGUUAAAAUCCAUGGACAGUAGACUCCAAUCUGUGCAAUCCAAGAUAGAAGGGAAACUCACAGAAAUACAGGGAACCCUCACUAAAAUGCAUACAAAAAUCAUUCCACCUGGGUUUCAGCUAAUCGGAUCCAGGUACUUCUACAUAGAGGAGAGCAACAAGCAAACUUGGAACUCCGCGGCGAGGACAUGUCGUCAGAUGGGAGGACAUUUGGCGUCCAUCAAAAGCGAGAAGGAGUGGAACCUGAUAAAUGAGAAACUCGAGGAUGACACUUUCUACUGGCUGGGAAUCUACGAGAAGGCGAGGAAGGGAAACUUCGUGUCGGUGGCCUCUGAUGCGGAUGCCUCCUUCAUAAAGUGGAAGUCGACCGAACCCAAAUACGUGGACGACUCACUGCACUGUGUUUUGGGGAAAUGCGGGGUCAUGUAUGUGGAUCCUUGCAAUAUUAAAUCAUUUCUCUUCAUUUGCCAAGCAGAUGAUGAGUAAUCAACCAGUGGUACAGAAUAAAUAAAUGCAAAUUAAACAUAAAUAAA